AUUAUUUGGAGGCCGUCAAAACUGGCCGUUCACAGAGAAAGAUGUCCAUAACAAGAAAGCUGAGCAAGCAAGGGAGGAGAGGGAUGGUGACAUGGAUAAACUGUUCCAAUUUUUCAGGGAGUGCAAAGAACACAAUGAAUACUUUUACUGGGAUGUGGAUUUUGAACCAAAAACAAAUGUGCUUCGGAGCAUUUUUUGGUGUCAUGCAAGUCAGCGUGCAGAAUACAAGGAUUUUGGGGAUGUAGUCACAUUUGACACAACACACAAGACUAACAACAAGCAUAUGCCGUUGGCCAUGUUUGUGGGUUGCAGCAAUAAUUUGAAAAAUGUGUCCUUUGGCCAAGCACUUCUUCGGGAUGAAACAAUAGACACAUUCAGAUGGCUUUUUGAGACCUUUAAAAGUUGCAUGGGUGGUCAGCAACCUUUUGUGAUUCUUACAGAUGAAGAUGCAGCGAUGAAGGAAGCAAUAAGGAUUGUGUUUAACAAGACACAACACCGAAAUUGCCGAUGGCACAUAACCAGAACAUGGGAUUACGAGCUCGAGGAGCUGUACAAAUUGCACAAUGAUAAUAAUCUAAAGGAGAAACUGCAGUCCCUGAUAAACUAUCCUCUGGGGCCCACACAAUUUGAGGUGGAGUGGAAUAAGCUGGUGGAUGAAUGUGGCAUAAGAGAACACCCUGCAAUUGUUGCAUUGUGGCAGAAAAGGAAGAGAUGGAUAGCAACAUAUUUCAAAGGCAUGUAUUGUGGGCGAAUGACUUCCACCCAGAGAUCUGAGAGCCAAAACAGGGUUUUGAAAGAUGGUUAUGUUAACAAUGUGACAAGCCUGCAUAUAUUUGCAAAGAGGGUGCUUGACUCGAUUCAGCACACAGACCACAUGGAUGCUGGGGAGUCACACUACUCACAGACUGAAGUUGUCAGAGCCUGCAAAUCAAGAUUUGAUGAGCAACUCAGCAGGGUGUACACCAGGGCUGUGUACAAUGAAUACAAGAGGGAAUAUAUUAACAUCACCGCUUUUGUGAUAGAGCCUGAUCCGGGAGUGGAAUGCGGUUACUUGGUGAAACAUGAGAAAGGCGAUGGGACAUUUUGCUGGGCACAACACGCAUUCAAGGUGGUGGCUGACAAAGCAGCAGGCGUGUAUAAAUGCGAAUGCAUGCAGUGGGAGCAUACAGGUCUGUUCUGCAUGCACAUAAUAAAGGCAUUCACCCACCUCCAAGUCCAAAACAUACCUGAAAAGUACAUUCUGAAGCGAUAUACACGUAAUGCAAGAUCUAUGGUUCCGUGGGACCGGCACGAUGUGAGUGUUGGUGGUCAAAAUGAGACAGAGCAGUCAAGGUUGUCGAAGCUGCUGCCAAAGUUAAUGCGACUGGGAAGAGCGGGAAGCAAAUCUGAUAGAGCAUACACUGAAACUAUCAGGCACAUCGACAUGAUAACUCCUGGGAUUGAGCUUCUACGAACAGCGGAGAUUGGUCCGAUUGGUCCGGACGAAGCAACAAAUACUGAGUUGCAGCAAGAUGCAGAAGGACGGUGGAAUAUUGGUCCCAUUGCACCAACACAACAAAGUUCUGACAACAAUAUAGAACCUGUUGUGAUGCCAACUGGACCUAGACCACCACCGGAAUCGGGCCUGAAUCCAGAUUCUGCAAACUGCCUCACUGAUCUAAGAUUGACUGAACCGCCAGUGUCGCGCACGAAGGGUAGGAAGUCUGCCAGUGGGGCUAAAUGUGCUAAAAAUAGUGUGGAACCUGCUAAUCCAUACAGCACAUAUAGUGGUGGUCAGGGCAUAAGAGAGUGCCAAACCUGCCAUGUUAGGGGGCACUAUAGCACAACAUGCCCUCAGAACCCAAACAGAAGCAGAGCGGCCGAGAACAAGGACAAAAAGAGAAGUGCGAAAACUGUAGGUUGGACUCCAAGAAAAAGAGGUCGCCCAACAAUAAAAAAAGGACUAGAUGGGAAUCAAGAUGAGGCACAGAGUGAGGGGGAUGAUACACAGCAAUCUGGGUGCACUAUGGCGGUGCAGGAGUCAGCAGCACACGUGGUGAUUGCAAGAAUUAGGAGGGCGACAACUUGCCAUGUUAAUUACCAGGACGAAAGUGAUUAAGGAUGACUAUGAAUCUAACUAAAUCUCCAAUGUAAAAUUUCAAUUUUAUCUUAUUUUAUAACUCUGUGUAAGUUAAACUCAAUAAUGACUGUGUGACUGUUUGGAAAACAGUGGACACACAUGACCAACCAAUUGCAACAUCGUAGUUGCGCUGAUUGCAACUGUAUGUAUACACUGAAUAAUACAUGAAUCUGUGUUAUCUGUUUA